AUGGGGGUCUUGAAGCCAUUUUCCACCGGCGAUUUUGUAGUUCGUGCGGCACUGGCUACUACUACUACUACUACUACUACUACUACUACUACUACUACUACUACUACUACUACUAAUAAUAAUAAUAAUAAUAAUGAGACUAAAUAUAUUGUUCCAUUCAUUAUUUGGAAACGAAGAUUUCUUAUUCGAAUGUUGGAAACGAAGGUGUCUAACUCCCGGUCUGGGUCGUCCCAGUCCGGAUCCUCUCAAUCGAAGUCCAAGUCUAGAUCGAUGUCUAGAUGCGGAACACCCGUUGAUGAAGGAGCCCCAAAUGACGGUGUUGAAUCUACUAGCAUUGGUAAACAAACACCCCCACCAAUGAAGGAAUCUACGAGCAGUGAUAAACAAACACCCCCACCAAUGAAGGAAUCUACUAGCAGUGAUAAACAAACACCCCCACCAAAGAAGGCUCCAUCGUCCAUGAUCAUGAAAAUUGUGGAUGCCAUUAACACCAUCAAGGACAAAAAGGGAACAUCUGCUAAGGCAAUUCGAAAAUACAUUGCCACUACCAGCAUGACAAAUGUUCCUCCAGCACUGCUGAAAGGGCAGAUAAAGAAAGCUCUUAGGAAAGGCCUGAAGGAGGGAAUUUUGAUUCGACCAAAAGGUACAAAAACCACUGGCGUCACUGGCCGUUACCGUCUUGGUUUUGCAAAGGCUAUUAAAGAAAACGAUAGUCAGUGUGUAAAACGUCCACGUUUUAAAGACAAAAAAGGCGGUAAAGGUGGACGAGGUAGUACACGUGGUGGUAAAGGUGGUAAAAAAGGUGGUAAAGGCGGUGGAAAAGGUGGUAAAGGCGGUGGAAGAGGUGGGAGAGGUGGUCGCCGUCAAAAAGGUCGAUCUGGCAGCCAAAAAAAGAAGGGAAAAGGACGAAGCAGAUCUCGGCCUAGAAAAGGAUCGCAAAGUAGAUCUCCAUCACGACGUAAUCGAACAUUACGUCGUCCUUCUAGAGGUAUAUCAAAACGUGGUCGGUCAAAAGGUAGUCGACCAAAAGCUGGUCGAUCAAAAGGCCGCACCAAGUCUAGACGAGGAGGAUCUCAAGUUAGAUCUAAAUCUAGAAGAAGCCAAUCAAAAGGUGCACCAAAAGGUAGAUCGCGGAGUCAGUUGCGAGGAUCUCAAGGCAGAUCUAAAUCUGCAAGAAGCCGAUCCCAACGUGCAUCAAAAGGUGCACCAAAAGGUAGAUCGCAGAGUAAAUCACUAGGAUCUAAAUCUAGAAGUAGGUCCAGACGACGACAAUCCCAACGUGCAUCAAAAGGUAGAUCGAGUAAAUCACCAUCUAAAUCUAAACGAGGCCGAUCCCCACGUUCAUCAAAAGGUAGAUCGCAGAGUAAAUCUAAAUCUAGAAGAAGUAAGUCCGGACGUGGAGCAUCGAGAAGUGGAUCAAGACAUCAAAAAGGAAAGCGUAGUUCAUCGAAAGGUGCGGCAAGAAGUGGAGCAUCAACAGGUGCAUCGAGAAGUGGAUCGCGACGACGAAAAGGAAAGCGUAGUUCGUCGAAAGGUGCAGCAUCAAAAGGUGCAUCGAGAAGUCGAUCGCAACAUCGAAAAGGAAAGCGUAGUUCGUCGAAAGGUGCAGCAAGAAGUGCAGCAUCAAAAGGUGCAUCGAGAAGUCGAUCGAGAAGUCAAAAGCGUAGUUUGUCUAAAGGUGCAGUGAGCAGUGGAGCAUCAAAAGGGGCAUCUAGAAGUAGACCGAGCCGUCCACAACGAAAGAGUAGUUCAUCGAAAAGUGCAUCGAGAAGUGGAGCAUCGAAAGGUGCAUCGAGAAGUGGAUCGCGACAUCAUAAAGGAAAGCGUAGUUCGUCUAAAGGUGCAGUGAGCAGUGGAGCAUCAAAAGGGGCAUCUAGAAGUAGACCGAGCCGUCCACAACGAAAGAGUAGUUCAUCAAAAAGUGCACCGAGAGGUGGAGCAUCGAAAGAUGCAUCGAGAAGUGGAUCGCGACAUCAAAAAGGAAAGCGUAGUUUGUCUAAAGGUGCAGCAAGCUGUGGAAUAUCAAAAGGGGCAUCUAGAAGUAGACCGAGCAAUCCAAAACGAAAGCGUAGUUCAUCAAAAAGUGCAUCGAGAAGUGGAGCAUCAAAAGGGGCAUCUAGAAGUGGAUCGCGACAUCAUAAAGGAAAGCGUAGUUCGUCUAAAGGUGCGGCGAUCAGUGGAGCAUCAAAAGGGGCAUCUAGAAGUAGACCGAGCCGUCCACAACGAAAGAGUAGUUCAUCGAAAAGUGCAUCGAGAAGUGGAGCAUCGAAAGGUGCAUCGAGAAGUGGAUCGCGACAUCAUAAAGGAAAGCGUAGUUCGUCUAAAGGUGUGGUGAGCAGUGGAGCAUCAAAAGGGGCAUCUAGAAGUAGACCGAGCCGUCCACAACGAAAGAGUAGUUCAUCGAAAAGUGCAUCGAGAAGUGGAGCAUCGAAAGGUGCAUCGAGAAGUGGAUCGCGACAUCAAAAAGGAAAGCGUAGUUUGUCGAAAUGUGCAGCGAGCAGUGGAGCAUCAAAAGGGGCAUCUAAAAGUAGACCGAGCCGUCCAAAACUAAAGCGUAAUUCAUCGAAAAGUGGAGCAUCAAAAAGUGCAUCAAGAAGUGCAUCGCGACAUCAUAAAGGAAAACGUAGUUCGUCUAAAGGUGCGGUGAGCAGUGGAGCAUCAAAAGGGGCAUCUAGAAGUAGACCGAGCCGUCCACAACGAAAGAGUAGUUCAUUGAAAACUGCAUCGAGAAGUGGAGCAUCGAAAGGUGCAUCGAGAAGUGGAUCGCGACGUCGUAAAGGAAAGCGUAGUUCGUCGAAAUGUGUAGCGAGCAGUGGAGCAUCAAAAGGGGCAUCUAAAAGUAGACCGGGCCCUCCAAAACGAAAGCGUAGUUCAUCGAAAAGUGCAUCGAGAAGUGGAGCAUCGAAAGGUGCGUCAAGGAGUGGUGCAUCAAGAAGUGGAUCGCGACAUCAUAGAGGAAAGCGUAGUUCGUCGAAAGGUGCGGCGAUCAGUGGAGCAUCAAAAGGGAUAUCUAGAAGUAGACCGAGCAGUCCAAAACGAAAGCGUAGUUCAUCUAAAUCUGCAUCAAGAAGUGGAGUAUCAAAAGGUGCAUCGAGAAGUGGAUCGCGACAUCAUAAAGGAAAGCAUAGUUCGUCUAAAGGUGCGACGAGCAGUGGAGCUUCAAAAGGGGCAUCUAGAAGUAGACCGAGCAGUCCAAAACGAAAGCGUGGUUCAUCGAAAAGUGCUUCGAAAAGUGGAGCAUCGAAAGGUGCGUCAAAAGGUGGAGCAUCAAAAGGUGCAUCGAGAAGUGGAUCAAGACGUCGAAAAGGAAAGCGUACUUCAUCGAAAGGUGCAGUGAGCAGUGGUGCAUCGAAAAGUGGAUCAUCAAAAGGUGCAUCGAGAGGUGGAUUGAGGCGUCGAAAACCAGGAUCAACAUGCGAUAACGACAAAGCAGUUCAACCAAAGCAUCAACGACCAUCAUCAUCCAAGGGAUCCAAGGCAACCAAAGGCUCCAAGGGAUCCAAGGCAACCAAAGGCUCCAAGGGAUCCAAGGCAACCAAAGGCUCCAAGGGAUCCAAGGCAACCAAAGGCUCCAAGGGAUCUAAAGGCUCUAAGCGAUCCAAAGGCCCCAAGGAAUCAAAGGGAUCCAAAGACCUCAAGGAAUCAAAGGGAUCCAAAGACUCCAAGGGAUCCAAAGGAUCCAAGGAAUCGAAAAAGAAAUGCGGGUGCAAGUGUGAGUGCAUGUGCGAAAGCAAGAAAGGCGACACAGGCAAAAAAGGCGAGAAAGAGGACGGAAAUGCAAAAUAAAAAAUAAAAAAUAAAAAUACCAAAUAUACAACCGGCCCUUUUCAGGGCCA